AUGUUGAAAAUAAGUGCUGUGAUAUGUUUGAUUUGUUUAUGCUACGUUGAUGCUUUGCCGCACUGCAAAGUUUUAGAACUGCCUGAAGACGUCAUUCAUAGGAAUACAAUUAAUGUAAUAUAUACGAUGGAAAGCUCUUGCAAAUAUUGUGCACGUAAGGCUACAAUGUUGCCCAACUUGAAAGCUUCGCUCAAGAAUGCAGGAAUUAAUGCCCAUUUCAUUGUGGCUGUCAGUAACAAAUCUGGUAGGCUGUCUGGUCUCUCCACUCGUUUAUCAAUCAACAAAAGGCAUCUUUGGAAGACUUUGGGGGAACAAAACAACCACUUCUAUAUAAUCGACAGGUGUGGAAGAAUGGUCUAUGAAAUAAUAAAUCCCUGGUCGAGUCUUCAAAUGCCAUUUUUGCGUGGUGCCAUAAUAGCUACCCAAUUUAGCCACCCAUGUGGCCUCUGUCCACAGGAUUACACACAGGUAAAAGAGGAAAAUCUGAAGAUUUAUCCUCCAAUGGUUGAAGAGACGCAAUCUCACGCAGAGGAAACUCCUUUGGGCAUUGUGAUGAGAGUGAGGCACAGACAUCAUGGUGACCCCAACGUCUACAACCAUAUAGUCAUGACAGCUCAUGGAAUGCCAGGGCAUCAUCGGCACUUGCCACAUGAAACGAAAAAUAAAAUGAAACAUAAACCAACAUUUAGCUUGAAUAUUCCGGAGGACAAUAGUCAAGCUUAUGAAUCAACUUCUAUUCCAAAUGAAGCUGUUAGUGACAGUGGUGUGAACGAAAAACAAUUAGAUGUUGAACAGUCGGUAAACAGUAUUAAAAAAUUAGCAAAUAAUAGCCUACGAAUGGCAAACGAAACUCAAUUAUCUUUAAGUUCUAGUGAAACGAAAGACAAUGUUUUAGUUAAUAGUACGCCCAGUGAUAUGAAAGACAAUCUUUUAGUUGAUAGUGCGCCAAGUGAUAUGACAACAGAAAUAAACUUUACUGAACUAAGUAAUUCAGAGAAAUCUCAAGAAUUCGAUAACUCUAGGGAAGAACAUGACUCUUAUUCAGAAAUAACAACUGAAAUGAAUGAUAUUAAUGAAGAAAUAUUGGAUGAUUAUGAUGAAGGUUCUGACGAAGAAUCGCAAAAUGAUUAUGAAAAUAGUCAACUUAACAGUCGGGAAUUGGUUGAAAAACAAAAUCUUAAGGAACAUUAUGGAAGAAUUCUAGACUGGAUCAAAUAUGAAUAUUGA